CGACCCCGCACCCCACACUGCGCACCACGAGCCGCGUCCGACUGCCGAGAGAGAGACAGAGAGCUCGGAGAAGCCAACGCCCAAUCGCCCACGCUUCCACCUCCCCCUCCACGAGGCAAGGUAGGAAACCCUAGGCAACGACCAUGGCGCUGCUCCCGCGCACGGCCCGGCUGGCCCUCCUCUCCGCGUCGCCGCGGACGUACUCCGCCGCCGCCGCGGCGGGCGCCUCGCCGACCCCACCGGCGCCCUACGCGGGCGUGCCUCCGCCGGCGGCGGGGUCCAAGGCGGCCGAGUUCGUGGUCUCCAAGGUGGACGACCUCAUGAACUGGGCGCGCCGGGGCUCGAUCUGGCCAAUGACCUUCGGGCUCGCCUGCUGCGCCGUCGAGAUGAUGCACGCCGGCGCGGCCCGCUACGACUUCGACCGAUUCGGCGUCAUCUUCCGCCCGUCCCCACGCCAGUCCGACUGCAUGAUAGUCGCCGGCACGCUCACCAACAAGAUGGCGCCCGCCCUCCGCAAGGUUUAUGACCAGAUGCCCGAGCCUCGAUGGGUCAUAUCGAUGGGCAGCUGUGCCAAUGGUGGUGGGUAUUACCACUACUCCUACUCUGUUGUGCGUGGAUGCGACCGCAUUGUUCCUGUGGACAUCUACGUCCCUGGAUGCCCCCCAACUGCUGAGGCCCUACUGUACGGUGUUCUCCAGCUCCAGAAGAAGAUCAACAGGCGCAAGGAUUUCCUUCACUGGUGGACCAAGUGAAGCGCUGCUUGUUACUGUUCUGGCUUGUUAUAUUUGUUUUUGAUUCUACCUGCUCAUCAACUGAAAUAAGGACCUUGUGCUCGGACGUGCAAAACUUUUGCUGUUGUUGUGCCUGGGAGGAUGUAUGCCCGGGCUGUGUGGACGAGCACGGACUCGUGUACCUGGUGUUGCUGUAACUGUUUUUGCUCUACAUAUUGUAAUACACCUUGAUCGCUUCGUCGUGUAAGAAUUUCAGCCAAGUGCAAUUGAGCACUUCCA